AUGAUCCUCCCUGAUCCCUCACAGCUGCCUCAGGCUGCUCAAGCCAUUGGCCCCUUGGAAGUCAGCUGGGGUGAGAACAGGAUGGACGUGGGGCUGCUGGAGAUCCCUGCAGAGCUCGCAGCCCUCCUGCACUUUGUUGAAGGCCGACACCAAGCACAGACCAACCAGAUAACUGAGACACAGCCCCCAGAAGUGAAGGUCAAGGAUGACCUUUCCCUCCCACCCACCAUCAACAGCCAUCCCUUCUCCUCCUUCAUCAAAUCACACUUCCAGAAGCCAGAUUUCCCUGCCCCUGGUCAGCCUCUGCAGCACCCCUUAACCCACCUGGAUGCCAAACACCAGGAGAGUGCACUUGAGAUAAACAAACUGAUUUUGCGCUUCAUCGGUGACCAGAGUCUCCAUGGCUGGCAGGAGGUCCUGCUGGGCAACUUCAUUGCUGGCAGAGGUUUGAGGGACGCUGCUCUGCGCGAUGAAAUCUUCAGCCAGGUGGUUGCCCAGAGCUGGAGGAACCCGGACACGGAGCGCAGCCGGCGGGGCUGGCUCCUCAUGGCCAUUCUGCUCAGCUGCUUCGGCCCCUCACCUGCACUGCAGAAACCUCUGCUGAAGUUUGUGUCAGACUAUGGCAUGGAGGGCUACAGCGCCGUGUGCCAGCGCAAGAUGCUGAGGGCGGCCCAGUGCAUGGGGACAGGGCCUGCGCCCGCUCGGGCUUACCCUCCCACCCAGCUGGAGUGGACAGCAAACCAGAGGAGAGGGAAGAUGGUGCUGGAUGUUCACACCUUUAAUGAGGAGGAGUUCUCAGCUGAGGUGGAGUCCUGGAUGACUGGGGAGCAGUAUGCAGCCUGGAUCCUGAGUGCAAGGGGCUGUGACAAGAACACUCGAGGGUGGUCUGUCUCCAUGUUCACUGGCAACACGUGGCAGGACCUGCUGGGCUGUGACUUUGUGCUGGACCUCAUUGGAGAGAUGGAGGACACCAGCAACUUCCUCAGCUCCUCCCGGGCCCCCACUGAGUACCCCAUCACCCCAGAAAGGGACAGGAGCAUCCUGCAGCCCUCUGACCUGGACAUGAUCCCUCCUGCCCCAGGUAUCCAGGCCCCUGCCUUCCCCCCACCCAGCUUCCCUCCAGAGCUUGUUGGUCUCCAUUCAGAUCCAAGGUUUAGAGAUGACCUGAGGGUCCCUGUGGGCUUGGAUCACUAUGUGGAUGAUCUCUUCAGCCCUGUGCUGCAUCAGAGCUCCAGAGCAUCUGAUAUGGAGAACAGUGAGAAUCUCACCAGACGCAUGAAAGGCGGUGGGAAGAUUGGCCCCACACAGAGAGGAAUCUUUCCUUCUACAGGCUUGUCUGGAAUGACCCAAACACCAGUUUACCAGCCCAUGCCCUCCAUGAUGGGGAUGCCAGCAGCCAUGCCCAUGAUGCCAGGGGUUGGUGGGGUUGCACCUAUGCCAGCCAUGGUGAUGCCCCAGCCUGUGGUUCCAGCUGUGGAUCCCAGCCAGCUGGCAGCACAGCAGCAAGCCUUUAUCAACCAGCAGGCCAUGCUCAUGGCCCAGCAGAUGACCCUUCAAGCCAUGACCAUUUCCCAGCAGCAGCAGCAGCAGGAGCUGCAGAAGCAGCAAAAGUCCCUUGAGAACUCCAGGCCAAGAGCCUCCAGCCCAGCCCAAGCCUCAGCCCCAGCCACUCUCCCCAAACCCAAGAAGCCUCCCAGCAGCCAGGCUGCUGCAGCACCAUCAAGGUCUCCAGAGCCACCAGCUAAGGCCAAAGAGCUGGAUUAUGACUACGUGGAAGAGGAGUUCUCCAGCAGUGAGGAUGAUGAUUGUCCUCGGGAAACCUUCCAGCAGAAGAGAGAUGUCUCCUCCCUGCCUGUGCCUGGAGAUGAACUCACUCCUCCUGGCAGCAAGGCAUAUGAAUUGCAAAACACCCCCAGGAGCUACCUCUGCAAUAUCUGUAACACCACUAUUGCCCUCCUCUUGCAGGUGUUUUACCCCAAAGAAAAUUUCAGCCACCCUUACUGUCUGAACUUGCUGUGUGAACAGAUCAUCCGUGACACCUUCUCCGAGUCCAGCUUCCGGAUCUCCAGGGAGGAGAAGCGCAAGAUGAAGGAUCUGCUGAUGGAGUUCCGAGUUGGCAGCAAUGCCCAGUCCAUCCAGGAGGAAGGGAUAAAGAAGAGGAUUGUAGUGGCUGCUCGGGACAACUGGGCCAACUAUUUCUCCCGCCUUUUCCCGGUUCAGGGUGAGAAGGGAAGUGAUGUGCAGCUCCUGGGUGUUUCUCACCGGGGCAUGAGGCUGCUGAAGGUGGAGAAAGCAGCUGGAUACCAUCCUGAGCACCUCAAGAUCCUACGCAGCUACGGCUUUGCAGAGGUUCUGUCAGUGGAGAUGAAAGGCAGUAACUCCCUGGAGUUCUCCCUGAAGACAGAGCAGCUCAUCCUGCACUCUCCAAAGGCUCCGUGCAUCAAGGACAUGGUGGAACUCUUCAUGCAGGAGCUGAGGCAGGACACCAACUACGUGGUGGCUCUGCGCAGCUACAUCGUGGAUGACAAGAGCCUGCUCAGCUUCAACAAGGGCGACCUCAUCGAGCUGCUGCCCAUGCAGGGCGUGGAGCCAGGGUGGCAGUUUGGCUCCACGGGUGGCCGCUGUGGUCUCUUCCCCACCAGCCUGGUGCAGCUGGCUCCUGCCAUUGACUACCUCAGCAGCAGCAUGGACAGACGGGGGGAGCAGAGAAAGGGCACCAGAGCUCCCCCAGAGAGCAGGAACACCAGCAGGGAGAGUUCUGUCCUCAGCCUGACACCAGAAGCCACCAGCACCAUGUUAGUGCCCGCUGGUGACCAUUACACCAUGACUGACUUUGCCACCGCCUACUUCCGAGAGGCUCAGUCCGUGCAGGGCCUGAAGGGGACAUCUGCUGAGAAGAAGGAUGUGGCUGAGCUGGUGAAGCACACCAAGGUCCCAAUCCAGGCGUCUCUGCUCCGCUACUCUGACAGCGAGCUGAACGAGCUGGCUACAAAGAACUUCCAGACGCUGAUGAGGUUCAUGGGAGAUCAGCCAAAACACAAGCACCAGGCUGAGGUCCAAUGCAUCUAUGAAAUCCUUCAGGUUUGUGAGCUUCCCCUGGGGAAAGUGCAGGAGCACCAAUGGGAGUGGAGGGCCAAGACCUUGCUGGGAAGGAGAAGGGCAGGGAGAGCCAUAAUGGCACCUCCUGCACGAGGAAGGGAGAUGAAACAGACUGUGGGGAGGGUUUGCAUGUAAAUGGUUCCCCUGGAUAUCACUGUCGGGAUGAGAGCACAACCUGCCUCUGCUCUCUGCUCCUUUGAGCCUAAAUAGCACUGGAGACCAGAGGCUGCAAAGCCCAAACCUUAAGCCAAACUGGCAGAGCUCUGAAGCUGGAAGAGGAAAG